AUGACUUUACAAUUCAUAUAUUUGAUACUCACAUUCAAUAAUAUUAAUGAAAUGAAUGAAGAAUAAAGUCUAUUAGAUAAUUUAGAUUGCAUGGAGAAAUAUGGAAUAGAUCUAAAUAAUUUAAGAAUAUAUAAUGUACUUGUAUUUGAAUGUUAUAUACCAGUUCUUGCUUAUUUCAUAUUGACUUUAUUUUGUUGUCAAUUAUGUCAUGUUGAUAAAAAGUAAUUAAAUCUAAUAAUAAAUAGACUCACAGGAUAUAGAAAUAGAUUGAUUAAGCAAUCCUUUAAAUUGAGACUCAUUAUAAGAAUAAGUUUUGAAUUAAUAAUUGCUAUUAUUUUGAUUUUAUAGUUUAUAGAGGUAAUCAAUGUUAAUUAAUCAAUUAUUGAUGUUUGUUAUUCUAAUUAAUUAGUUUAUCAAUUUGAUAUGAAGUUAUUUUAUCCUAGCAUUAUUAAUUUAAUGGUAUUUUUACUUUUAGUUGCAUUUGAUAACACAUGCUAUUUUAUAAUUGUUUGUUAUACAAAUGAUUUUUAUUGGGGAUGCUAUCAUGAUGAAGAACUCCCUAUAAUAAGUGUUGUUGAGACAUAAUCUUUUAGUUUUGCUAAGAAUAGUGUAGAAAGUUCAACUGAUUAAUAAAGUAUUUGAUUAAAAAGAUUAAAUUAGAAAGUCAAGAUGAGCAUCCUUCUCCUUAUUUCGGUAUUUGA